AUGCAACAGACAUUAUAUGAAAUAUUAGGUCUAGAAAGUGAUGCCAAUAACAAUGAUAUAAGAAAAGCAUAUAAGGCAAUGCUUUUAGAGACUCAUCCUGAUAAAUCUGGAGUGAAUAAUGAUAGUAAAACUUUAGAUAUAACAGUGAAUGCCAUACAACAUGCAUUUCGCACUCUAAUAGAUGAAAAGUCCAGAAAAAUAUAUGAUGAACAGCUUGCGGAGAGCUUCAAAAAACAAGGGUUUCAUAAUACAGGGGAAGGUCUUGACACUUACUCGUUGGACUCUUUUAAUUACGAGGAGGAAUCUGGAUUCUUUACUAUGUCUUGUCCUAGAUGCCAAAUGACAGAGGGUUUCCAACUUACAGAGGAUAUUUUAGAAGAAUAUGCUAUUAGUCAUGAUAACAAUGGAUAUUUUGUAUUGGUUCAAUGUUCUGCAUGCUCUCUUUGGCUGAAGGUGUUAUUUGAUAUAGCGGAUGAAGAGUAG